CGGUCACGCGGCGAACGAUAAAAACGCCGGGAGGCCACUCGCGGGACGAACGCGAAGGAAGGGGAAAACAAGGGAAAAAAGCCUUUUUUGUUUCGAGAUAUUUCGGAAGAGGAGUGCGUGCCUCGCAGGCUCGCAGCUCAUUCGCCGAGGGCGCGAGAUCCUCUAGAGUUUUGAGCAUUUUGCUGUCAAUUUCCGUGGGUGAUUUGCGCGUAUGGGGGAUCAUGUCGCGGUGGAUGUCGGGGAGCUCGUGGCGUCCCGAGCCGGCGAGGCAGCGGGGUUGGUGCCCGGCGGCAAGGAGGAAGCUGAGGCGCUGAUUGGGAUGGUGGAGUGCCGCAUUUGCCAGGAGGAGGACCUGGCCAAGAACCUAGAGAGCCCCUGCGCGUGCAGCGGUAGCCUCAAGUAUGCCCACAGGGAAUGUGUGCAACGUUGGUGCAAUGAGAAAGGAGACAUAACCUGUGAAAUCUGCCAUCAGUCGUACAAGCCUGGUUACACUGCUCCACCCCAGGUGCAUCAUGAUGAAACUACCAUAGAGAUAAGUGGUGGAGAUUGGACCAUCUCUGGCAACCAUUUGGAUUUACAUGAUCCUAGAAUCUUGGCAAUGGCUGCUGCUCAACACCGUUUACUUGAAGAUGAGUAUGAUGAAUAUACUGCAACAAACAACAAUGCUGCUGCAUUUUGCCGCUCUAUAUUUCUGAUUUUGAUGGCUCUGCUGCUCCUGAGGCAUACACUGACCAUUACUAAUAGUGAUGACGAAGAUGAUGCAUCUGCUAUCUUCUCGCUAUUUCUUCUGAGAGCUGCUGGAUUUUUGCUGCCAUGCUACAUUAUGGCUUGGGCUAUUAGUAUCAUGCAGCGUCAAAGACAGAGACAGGAAGAAGCAAUGCUAUUACCAACGGAAGUGGCAAUCAUUCUGCACCGGAAUGGAAGAACAAUGCAAUUUGCAGUAGCACCACCAGAAUCUCCGACCUCCCCUCAGCCUGAACCAAACCAAUAGAACAAUCAGCAGCAGGCCCGUCUUGUGAGUGCAUUGUGCAUACCAGAUGCUUCUCAGCAUCUGUGUGGUUCAAGGUGCGAGCACAUUCUGCAAGCCUGUUGCCUUGGCAACCUUGAAUGGCCAUGAUGCAGCAAAAAUGUUGUGUCCUUCGGAUUGUGUUGACUUCACAGCUGAGACUCAAUGCUUCUUUGACAGGCUCUCAGCAUCUUCUGUACAUAAAGAGAUUUCUUUAAUAAGUGAAUAUAAGUUGAAUCAACACAAAGUUUGAGUUUCUGCAAUGGGACUUACGUUCAUACCAGCUGCCAAGUAGCUUCUCUUGUAUAACAAAUUAGACGCUACAGUUGUGCUGUAAUUUUGGAUGCCCGUCUACUGAAUAUUGUAUCGCUGUAUGCAUGCUAGAGAUUA